GUAUCCUGACAGCCUGAGGUGCGUGCAUCCAUCCACGUGUUACAUUCUCCAACUUAGGUACUAAGUACCUACCUAAACAUAACACUAUGUACCUAGGUAUGUAGGUAGUUAUCCUGCACCGUCUCCCUAUCAAUCGAGAUUGAAAUUUCAUAAUGCUACUGACAACUCAGUUUCAAGCAACUAACGGCAGGCCAAAAAAGUAUAGAACCAGCGAAAUCAUCUUCCAAGCAUCAUAUAAGACCUACAAUCUUGCGCUUUUAACCAUUUUAUUUCUAAGCUAUCGUAGUAGAGUCUUUUCAUCAAUGCACGUCUCUGCAUUAAUUAUUACUUUUUAUUACCGCACCAGUUAGUCAGUCAAAGCGUCUUGAAGGAUGCUGGAAGGGCCUUCCGUCGAAAAUAGGGCAACUUCGGCGUCCCUGGUGGACCAGAAGUCGCCGGCCCAGUCCGCAAACCGGCAAACGCAAUUCUGGACCAUCAUCGCGUCGCUGAGUCUACUUGCCUUUGUCUCGGCGCUCGAUGCUAUGAUUGUCACAACAGCUUUACCCACGAUUACCAAAGACAUCGGCGGGUCCUCACAAUACGUGUGGAUCGCCAACUCUUUCGUUAUCGCCUCGACCGUGCUGCAACCGCUCAUCGGCCAGUUUGCCGAUGCCCUCGGUCGUAAACUUCCGACUAUCGUAUCCGUUGCCCUUUUCAUUAUAGGCAGCGGCAUUGCCGGCGGCGCUUACAAUGUUGGCAUGUUCAUCGCCGGCCGCUCCAUCCAAGGAAUAGGGGCUGGUGGUAUGUACGUCUUGAUAGAUAUUAUCUGCUGUGAUCUGGUCCCUCUACGCGAGCGUGGCAAAUACCUGGGCAUUGUCAACUCGUCCGCUGCAGUAGCUGCUGCUAUCGGUCCCGUCCUUGGCGGCGCUCUCGCCCGUGCGAAUUGGCGCUGGAUAUUUUGGUUGAACAUCCCUGUUUGCGGCGUGCCAUUCUUCACCCUUCUGCUAUUCAUGAAGAUGAAGUCAGGAGAUGCGCGAGGUCGAGGUUGGGGCAGACUAUUGCGUGUUGAUUACAUCGGAAACGUCGUUUUCAUCCCAAGUCUCAUAGCCCUUAUGUUUGGGCUGGUCACAGGUGGCAUUGAGUUUCCUUGGUCUUCGUGGCGCAUCAUACUACCCAUCGUCCUUGGAGUGCUCGGUUGGAUCGCCUUCCACAUCUGGGAACAUUUCACUGCCUAUCCCAGCGUACCGUCCCGUCUCUUUAGCAAUCGCACCUCGGCGACGGCUUACGUACUGACCUUCUUUGCUUCUGUCCUCGCUACAACACUUGGAUAUUUCCUGCCCGUGUAUUUCCAGGCAGUACUACGGGCUACAGUGUUCUACUCGGGAGUUUACUAUCUUCCCUUGGCCAUUGGGACAUUGGUCUCUGCGGUAAUAGGCGGCGUGUUAUUAAGUGCAUUUGGUGCUUAUAGACCCUUGCACGCUUUCGCCUUUGCUUUGGGCAUCGUUGGAUUUGGAUUACUUACGAUCCUCCGCGGCAAUUCGCACGCGGUGGCUUGGGUGUUCUUCCAACUAAUUGUCUCGGUCGGGGUGGGCAUCCCGGUUUCGACCUGUCUACCCGCAAUCAUGGCAGCACUCCCAGAGUCCGACGUUGCUUCCGCUACCGCCGCCUUUUCCUUCAUCAAAACAUUUGGGUACAUAUGGGGCGUCACGAUCCCGUCGAUUCUUUUCAAUGGAAUCAUUAAUAAUAACUUAUCCCUUGUCUCGUCACCUUCGUUAAGGGAUCAACUACGAAAUGGUGGUGCGUACUCCUUCGCAAGUCAGGCUAAUGCCUUGGCCGGAUCAGUGGACGGGGCUGUCUGGAACGAGGUUGAGCAAGUGUAUGUACGGAGUCUGAAUGCAAUAUGGUGGUUUGGGCUGGGGAUCUCGGCAGUAAGUUUCCUUGCCGUAGGCAUUGAGAGGGGGCUGGAGCUUUCUACGGAGUUGAACACGGAAUUUGGACUUGAUGGCAAUAAGACGGAGGAUUCAACUACAGGAGCAAAGGAGAAGGGCGGGCGGGCUCAAAGUGGGAUUGAGCGUGGUUCUGAGGAGGCGGUUCUACCCUGACUUCACUGCUAUUAUUCACUUGGAUACACUCUCUUGUAAUCACUCGACAUUUCAUAAUAUUGUAGACUAGGUAGAUCGGCUUUUCUUGCGCAUUUCAUUGGGCUACGUUAUAUGACCCAAUCGCUCCUGGAAUAUUAGGUGGCUGGGAGUCUACACCCUAUAUCUUAGGGGUAUAAUGUACUACUACAAACUACUACUUGCCUACUAGGUACUUCUAGCAACUUAAACCUCCUAACAUACAACAAUGAUAUUUCUAACUCGUAUCUGUUUCAACAAUCGCUCGGUUGGAAUCCAUCCUCCUGCGGGUCAUAUGCUUGUUGUAUCAAAUUGAAGUACCUAAGUACCUAGGCAGGCUAUGAGUCUGUGUA